UGUAAAUGGAACUGAGUGUAGCUAACUGAUCCACUGCAGACUGCUGGAGUUUAUUUUGAGGAUGGCAAAGUGUAAAACCAACUGCAUUGAAAGGCCUAUUUCUCUGGCCUUUGAAAAGCUUGGUCGCAUUAUUGGAAAAUAUCCAGUUGUGUUUCUCAUAUUAUCUUUAUUUGUAGCUGCUGGUCUUGGAGCUGGUUUUAUCUUUCUUACAGAUAGGGAGGCAAAUGAUAUUGAAGAUCAGUUCACACCUGUAAAUGGACCGGCUAAACAGGAGAGGAAGAUUGUAGAGGAAUUUUUUCCACAAACUGAAGAAUUUUCUCAUCUGCGGCUUUCGUCUGAUGGAUCGUAUGCAUCUUUGAUCAUUACAAGUUUGGAGGGAGAAAACAUCUGGACUGAGGCUGCUUUUACUGACAUUAUUGAGCUAGAUAGACAAGUUAAGAGUAUAACAGCAGGUGACACUUUUGAAAACAUUUGUGCCAAAACUAAAGGAAAGUGCGUGUCAAAUGCAAUUUUGGACUUCAUAAAUUACAAUCCUGGAGAAAUUAAUUUUACAACCAUCAGAUAUCCUGUGAAUAAUGGCACAUUUUUAGGAACAACUGCUGGUGGUGUAGAGCUAAAGACAGGAAGCUCAAACAUAAGUAGCGCUAAAGCGAUCAGACUUUUUUAUUUUCUAAAAGAAGAAAAUGUAACAAAAAACAAUCAGUGGCUUGAUGGCUUCCUGAAUUUUUUUUCAAACUAUUCAGAACUAAAAACUGAAUGUAAUAUGACGGUACAUGUCUCUUACUUCACAUCGAUAUCCAGACAGAAUGAGUUUGAGACCAAUUCAGACUCUGUGAUUCCCCUCUUCUCCAUCACUUAUUUCCUGGCCAUUACCGUUUCAAUUGUUUCUUGUCUGAGGUUAGAUUGUGUUCGAAACAAGGUUUGGGUUGCUGUUUCUGGUGUCAUCUCUGCUGGUUUGGCUGUUGUAGCCAGUUUUGGAUUGCUGCUCUACUGUGGGAUGCCUUUUUCUAUGACAGUGGCCACGUCUCCCUUUCUCAUUCUUGGUAUUGGAGUUGAUGAUAUGUUCAUUAUGAUCUCCUGCUGGCAGAAGACUGGAGUUGAUAUUGAAGUUGAAGAUCGUUUAGCAGAAACAUAUAAAGAAGCUGCUGUGUCCAUCACUAUCACCACACUGACAGAUGUGCUCUCUUUCUACAUCGGUCUCUUAACUCCCUUUCGCUCUGUUCAGUCUUUCUGUAUGUACACAAGUACGGCUCUUCUCUUCUGUUACAUCUUUAACAUCACAUUUUUUGGCGCUUGUCUUGCAUUGAAUGGAAGAAGAGAGAAGGGCAAUAAACAUUGGUUGACCUGCAUGGAGGUCCCAAAACCCAAUGAUGAUGAUACUGGUAAUGUUUGUUGUGUUGGUGGAGCUUAUGAUAAAGACACUGGCACUGAUUCGGCAAUGCCAAUGGAUUUAUUCUUUAAAAAUCACUACAGCCCGUUUCUAACAAAGACCUGGGUUAAGAUCUUGGUGUGUUUGUUUUAUUCUGGCUAUCUGGCAGUCAGCAUCUAUGGAUGUUUUCAACUACAGGAAGGACUUGAUCUGAAACAUUUAGCAACAGACGGCUCAUAUGUUGGUUAUUAUUAUGAUGAUGAAGAUGAUUUCUUUUCUUCUUAUGGUCCCAAUGUCAUGUUAGUUAUAACAGAUGAAAACUUUCAGUACUGGAAUUCAGAUGCGCGUCAGAACCUCGACUCAUGUUUGGAUAUUUUUGGCAAUCUGUCAAUGGUGUCUAAAGAUAAAAAAGUUUCACGCAUUUCUUGGCUUCAUGAAUAUCUUAAGAUUCCUGGUGUAAAUUUAAGUGAUGAAACACAAUUCAAACAACCUUUAACUGCAUUUCUUAGUGUUUCUGGUUUUAGUCAAGAUGUUAACUUCACUAACAAUAACAUUUCUGCAUCACGUAUGUUCAUUCAAACUGUUAACAUCAUGACAGCAGUCGAUGAGAAGAACAUGCUGAAUGCAUUUAGAGAAACAGCAGAUAAAUGUGUAAAGUUACAGACAUCCAUUAAUCUAACCGUCUAUCAUCCUGCAUUUAUCUAUUUCGAUCAAUACACUGAGAUAGUCAGUAAUACAAUUCAAAAUCUAGUAGUAGCUACAUGUGCAAUGUUAGUUAUUUCGCUCCUACUAAUCCCAAAUCCUCUCUGUUCAGUCUGGGUAACAUUUGCUAUUGGAUCUGUCAUUGUAGGUGUGACUGGUUUUAUGGCAUUAUGGGAUGUUAGUUUAGACUCAGUAUCUAUGAUUAAUCUGGUUAUCUGUAUUGGUUUUUCUGUGGACUUCUCGGCUCACAUAUCUUAUGCUUUUGUGUCCAGUGAGGAACGUUCAGUAAAUGAUAAAGCCAUAGAUGCCCUCUAUAAACUGGGAUAUCCCAUAAUACAAGGUGCAGUGUCCACUAUUGCAGGUGUAGUGGUGCUCGCUGCUGCAAAAAGCUACAUCUUCAGGACCUUCUUUAAAAUCAUGUUUUUAGUCAUAAUGUUUGGGGCUGUUCAUGGCAUCAUGUUCAUACCUGUGUUCCUCACUUUCUUUGGGAUUUGUAGUAAGAUGUCUCGUACCAAACCUGAAACAAAUAAACCGCCUGAGGUGUGGAACAGAGAAAUCCCACGAGUACCAACAGUAAUAAGCCCAAAACUACCACAGACAAAUCUGGGAUUUAUUGAUUUGGAUUGUUACUGAGAAGUUUACAUUUCUAAAUGAUGUAACCCAGUUUUUUGUUAUUUCCCUAAGAACAGAAAUCUUUUUUUAGUGCACAUCAGGGGUCUUUAACAAAGUGGUUAUUUUUUUCAUUUAAUUUCUUAAGGGCAAACUGUCACAGUCUGAACUGUAUUUAUCAUUUUAUAUUGUCAUCAUCAUCGUCACCUGUCCCUCAUUUGAUUAAUUGUCUUCACCUGUCUCUUGUCAGCCAUCCUUGUGUAUUUAAACCGUGUUCUCCCUUUGUCUCUGUCCGAUCUUGUCUAUGUAUCGUCAGUAAUAUUCUAGGCUCCUGUGUAUAACCUGUUAAACUAUCAUUAAAACAUUAUUAUAUUAUUAUAUAAAAAAUGAAAUAUGUUACAUUAAGUAAUCUGUGUAACUAUGAAGUAUUUUUUAAAGAAUUGAUAAAAAAUAUAUAGUCUUGUGAUCUACAGACAAAGGUCUCCUGUUUGUGUGUUACACACUUCAGGUAGCAUACUUUAAGCCUUAAAAGUAUUGUUUAAUUUAUUGGUAAUAGUGUUGUCAUUAUAAAAGUACAGCAUUGUGUCUUUACUAGGAGGUUAACACGAUUUUUACCUUAAAAUACAGUUUCUUACAAGUAAUUUGGGUAACACUUUAUUUUACGGUGUCUUUGUUACACAUGUUACAUGUAAUUAUUAUAGUAAUAACAGUUAAUUAUGCAUAAUUACAUGCAACUAACCCUAAACAUAACCCUAAUCCUAACCCCAACCCUAUAGUAAGUACAUGUUAUUUAUCAUUAUUACUUAGUACGUAAAUGUAUAAAAACACUGUAACAGUGAUACCGUAAAAUAAAGUGUGACCGUAAUUUGUUGUGGUAUGUAAUUACUAGUCAGUUAGCAUGAUUUUCACUUUAAAAUAAUGGUCCAAAAUGUAAGUAAUAAGUUACCAUGGUUUUAACUUAAAUAAAUUUUAAGUACUUCAUUAAGAACAGCAUGGUAAUACUUGAAUAAUUACUUAUGGGUUACCAUGAUUUUCUUACUAUUAUGUUAGUCUUCUGCACUUAUAAACAGCAAUAAGGAGGGUUAUGUUGUAUCUAACAGUUGAAAACAUGGAAUCUGUAUAUGUCUUUGUAAGGUAGUUUGCUAGUGAUUAAGAUGUGAAUUCUUAAGGUUGUUUAUGGUUUAAUCAAUAAGAUAUAU